CAUCCUGCAGGGCUCAAGGGUCUCCGCGGCCGCCUCCCAGUGCCCAGUUCGGGCUCGGGCUCCAGCUCCAGCUCCGGCUCGGGCUCUGAGCUCUCCUGGUGCUCUCAGCGGGUCACUGUCUCUCCUCCUUACCCACCCACCCCUCUUCAAACCAACCCUUCUCCCCUCGCCCCCCCUCUCUCAGUCGUUCCAGGUUCUAUGCUGCUCUCUCCUUUCCACCCUCUCUCCUCUCACCUCCCCCCUUCCCCAGCCUCUCUCUCCUAACGGGCGCUGCUUUCCCGGACUCCGCGCAAGCGCGCGCCUCAGCCUCGCUGUGAAGGGCGGGGGUAGAGAGCCUCCAGGCAUCGGGAAAUACCCUGAAUAACCUGAGGCUGGCAGUGGCUGUGGUCGCAGGGGAGGGGGAAGGAAGGUCGUGAAAAAUCCAAGGGGGGCGGGGGGCUGGAUAUGGGGAGAAGAGUAUGUAAAAGAUUUUAACAUUUUCCGAAGGCAAAGGAUGUUGCAAGCACCCUUACUAGGCAUCCUCAUUAUCCUGUGAAUUCAGCAUUUUUAUUUUACUCUAUUUUGCAGAUAAAAAACCUGAGGCUCAGAGAGGUUAAAAAAAAAACAUACACACACACACACAAAAAACACCAUCACACAGGUAGCUAGCAAAUGAGAUAUUCUAAAACCCAUUCUCUUUCUACUGGUAGGGAAAUUGUUUUUUAGGGAGUGGAAUGGGUAAGUUGGUUAGAGAGGGCUCACAGACCCUAACACCCACCACCCUCGUGGCCGCUCUCCCCGCCCCUUCCUUCCUGUCCCACUAGUUUAACUUCUCUCCCCGGUGGCUUUACCUCAGAAACCCGCGUAGCCAGAGAUGGGGACCGAGCCCACAGAGCAGGUCUCCUGGGGCCCAUAUUCUGGAGACGAUGAGGAGGCCUACUCAGCUGAGCCUCUGCCAGAGCUUUGCUACAAGGCGGAUGUCCAGGCCUUCAGUCGCGCCUUCCAAUCCAGUAUCUCCCUGACGGUGGCUGCCCUGGGUCUGGCAGGCAACGGCCUGGUCCUGGCCACCCACCUGGCAGCCCGAAACGCCGCCCGCUCACCCACCUGCGCCCACCUGCUGCAGCUGGCCCUGGCAGACCUUCUGCUGGCCCUGACCCUGCCCUUUGCCGCAGCGGGGGCUCUGCAGGGCUGGAGUCUGGGAAGUGCCACCUGCCGUGCCAUCUCGGGCCUCUACUCGGCCUCCUUCCAUGCAGGCUUCCUCUUCCUGGCCUGCAUUAGCGCCGACCGCUACUUGGCCAUUACGCGGGCCCUCCCGGCUGGACCGAGGCCCUCGGGGCCGGGCAGAGCACAUUUGGUCUCAGUCAUCGUGUGGCUGCUGUCGCUGCUCCUGGCACUGCCUGCUCUUCUUUUCAGCCAAGACGGGCAGCGGGAAGGGCAGCGACGCUGCCGUCUCAUCUUCCCCGAGGGCCUCGCGCAGACCGUGAAGGGGGCGAGCGCGGUGGCGCAGGUGGCCCUGGGCUUCGCGCUGCCGCUGGGCGUCAUGGCAGCCUGCUACGCGCUGCUGGGUCGCACGCUGCUGGCCGCCAGGGGGCCGGAGCGCCGGCGCGCGCUGCGCGUGGUGGUGGCCCUGGUGGCGGCCUUCGUGGUGCUGCAGCUUCCUUACAGCCUGGCCCUGCUGCUGGAUACGGCCGACCUCCUGGCCGCGCGCGAGCGGAGUUGCCCGGCGAGUAAGCGCAAGGACCUGGCCCUGCUGGUGACCGGGGGCUUGGCUCUCGCGCGCUGCGGCCUCAACCCCGUGCUCUACGCCUUUCUGGGCCUGCGCUUCCGCCAGGACCUGCGGAGGCUGCUCCGGGGUGGGAGCUGCAGCUCCGUGCCUCGCCCCCGCGGCCGCUGCCCCCGGCGGCCCCGCCUUCCUUCCUGCUCGGCUCCCACCGAGACCCACAGUGCUUCCUAUUGGGACCACUAGGGCUGCGCGUCCGGAGGAGGGGGCGAGCUGAGGAAGCGCAUCUGGGAGGUUCCUGGGAAAGGGGAGUGGGGUGGGAAUACUGAAAAAGAGGUAGGGACCUAAAGGAAUUGCUUCCGGACUCUGCCACAUUAAACGGAUAACAUGGACAUGAGAUGCAGCCCAA